UCUCGGACGCACGACAACACACCAACUGAAGUGGAAAGCGGCUCCUGUUCUGCUCCUAAUACCACUUCGGACGCUGCGUUGAAGGCGGGCAGGCUUCACACUGCAGAGGACUGCAUCAUAAGGAAAACUUAGUCAGGACAGCUUAGUCAUUGGCCCGCGCGUAAAGUUUGCCUACAAUAAUUAGUGGCGAUUUCUUGACUUGUUGUGUCUAUGUGAGUUAUUAUUCGACGUUGUAUUGUUUAUAGGGGAGGCUGGAAAGUGAACAUCUACAUUUGCCACCACGUCGAUUGAAGUUAUCUAAUGACGGCAGAGGUCCAGCAGCCCCCAGCGCAGACUCCUGCCCAGAGCAGCCCGAUGUCUGCUCCGGAGAAGCCGCACGGACAGACCGCGGUGAUGGAGACCGCGUCAUCCACUACGAAAACAAAAAAGACAAACGCUGGGAUCCGCCGACCGGAGAAACCCCCCUAUUCGUACAUAGCACUAAUAGUCAUGGCUAUCCAGAGCUCUCCAACCAAGCGGCUGACGCUCAGUGAAAUAUACCAGUUCCUACAGAGCCGCUUCCCGUUUUUCAGAGGCUCGUAUCAGGGAUGGAAGAAUUCUGUGCGUCACAACUUGUCCCUGAACGAGUGCUUCAUCAAGCUGCCCAAGGGCCUCGGCCGGCCAGGGAAGGGCCAUUACUGGACUAUCGACCCGGCUAGCGAGUUCAUGUUCGAGGAGGGGUCCUUCAGAAGGAGACCCAGGGGUUUUAGGCGCAAAUGCCAGGCGCUGAAGCCCAUGUACAGCAUGAUGAACGGCCUGGGGUUCAACCACAUCCCAGAGUCCUAUAACUUUCAGGGGAGCGGCGGGGGCCUAUCCUGUCCGCCCAGCAGCUUGUCUCUGGACAGUGGGAUUGGGAUGAUGAAUGGACAUCUGGCAGGUAACAUGGAGGGGAUGGGUCUAUCCGGGCACUCCAUGUCACACUUGUCGGCCAACAGUGGACAUUCCUACAUGGGAAGUUGUACAGGAUCCACUGGGAGUGAUUAUCCCCACCAUGACAAUUCCGCAUCCCCGCUACUCACAAGCGGCGGAGUAAUGGAGCCUCACCCCGUCUACUCGAGUUCAGCCUCGGCAUGGGCUCCUGCUCCAUCUGCCUCACUGAAUAACGGAGCUUCUUACAUUAAGCAGCAACCCCUGUCUCCUUGUAAUCCAGGAGCGAACCCGCUGCAGCCCAGCUUGCCCACGCAUUCACUAGACCAACCUUACCUGCACCAGAAUGGACACAGCGGCACAGAUUUACAAGGUAUUCCUCGGUACCAUUCCCAGUCUCCCAACAUGUGUGACCGAAAGGAGUUUGUCUUCUCGUUCAAUGCCAUGACUUCCUCAGCGAUGCAUUCUCCGGGCAGCGGCUCCUACUACCACCACCAACAGGUCUCCUACCAGGACAUCAAGCCCUGCGUGAUGUGACGGCGUGGACAAUCUGCAGACACAGACUUGAGCCAUGCACGACAGUCAGUCUGGCCAGCAGAGUGAAUGAUGAGAGCGAGGGAGAGAGGAAAGAAAAAAAAAAAAAAACACUGAAAGACAAAGGCAUGCCCUCGCCCUGGAGAGCGCUCACUGCAUCACCACAAGUCAAGGAAAAGAGACUGGACUAUUUGUAUACUGUUUUACACACCGAAAAGAGACGGAAACGGGCACCCAAUCACAAAACAAGCACAUCAAAAAAAUCGACCGGCGGGGUAAAAACUGGGCACAUAAAGCCCAGCUGCUGUUUGGUACUUAGUUCUGCAGAGCGGAUUACCACUUUACACAUUUGUAAAUGUUUAUUCAUCUUGUUAAACUAGGCCUAUAUGUAAAUGCACAUUUCCAUUUCUCUG